UAUAGCCGAGUCCAUUGAAACGGUUUCAAAAAGACCUAUUUCUCUCUGUGUGGGGAUUUUAUUUGAUGGGCAAAGGAAGUGGACUCUCCAUUGAUUCAGAUCCAUUCGCCUUGUUUCGAUCUUCUUCUCAUUUCUCGAUUCCUCUUAUUACUUCUACUAAUUCUCAUCCUCUUUCACACCAUUUUCAACACCACCGCCACCGCCAUGGACACCGCUCCUCCUCCCCCCACCCUCCAAUUUCCGGUCAACCUCAACUCCUCCCCUCCUCCGCCGCCGCCGCCCGUCAACUUCUUCGCCGCCGACGACAAAACCCGCGUCGCCAAGGUCCCCACCUCCGACAAUAAUCUCACUCCCUCCAACCUCGCCCACUUCAACAUUAACACGGGGUUGAAUCUUUUGACCACGAAUUCCAGUAGCGAUCAAUCCAUGGUGGACGAUGGAGCCUCACCAAACCCAGAAGAUAAAAGAUCCAAAAACGAGCGAGUAGUUCUUCAAGCGGAACUGGAGAGAAUAAACACAGAGAACCAACGAUUAAAAGAGAUGUUAAAUCAAGUGACCAGCAAUUACCACGCCUUACAGAUGCACUUCACCACGUUAAUUCAAACCCAGAAGUCCGACGCCGGCGACCAAUUAAUCGACGAAAAGGGCGGUGGAGGCGGUGGCAGUGGUGGAGGAGGAGGGAAGUUGGUGCCGAGGCAAUUCAUGGAUCUUGGAUUGGCUACUAACACGGAGACGGAUGAGCCAUCGAUGUCGUCCUCGGAUGGCGAUCGGCGGUCACGGUCACCGGGAAACACGGGAGAAGUGGCGUCAUCGUCGUCGAAACGGCAUAGCCCGGAUCAGGGAUCAAACUGGGGAUCCAAUAAUAAUAAUAAUAAGGUUCCGAAAUUCAGUUCUUCUUCUUCUCCGGGUAAAGACGUGGACCAGACUGAGGCUACCAUGAGAAAGGCCAGAGUCUCAGUUCGAGCCCGAUCCGAAGCUCCCAUGAUCACAGAUGGAUGCCAAUGGAGAAAAUAUGGACAAAAAAUGGCAAAAGGAAACCCAUGUCCUCGAGCUUACUACCGUUGCACCAUGGCCGCUGGCUGCCCAGUUCGGAAACAAGUUCAGAGGUGCGCAGAAGACAAAACAAUCCUAAUAACAACCUACGAAGGCAAUCACAACCACCCUCUACCGCCGGCUGCCAUGGCCAUGGCCUCGACAACAUCCUCGGCAGCGAGAAUGCUGCUGUCGGGAUCGAUGUCGAGCGCCGAAGGCUUAAUGAACUCGAAUUUUCUGGCGAGAACUCUGCUGCCGUGCUCCUCGAGCAUGGCCACCAUCUCCGCCUCCGCCCCGUUCCCCACCGUCACCUUAGACCUCACGCAAUCGCCGAAUUCUUUACCCUUCCAGCGGCCACCGGCCGGCCAGUUCCAGAUUCCGUUCCUCACCCCAACUCACAAUUUGAUGCCACAGAUCUUUGGACAGCCCUUGUACCACAACCAGUCCAAAUUCUCCGGCCUCCAAAUGUCCAAGGAGAUAGAGGGAUCUCAGGUGGCGCAGCCACCGCAGAAUCCAUUCGCCGAGACGUUGAGUGCAGCGGGCGCUGCGAUUGCGGCCGACCCGAAUUUUAUUGCCGCUUUGGCAACSGCGAUGACGUCGAUAAUUGGGGGGUCUCACCAUCAACAUCAGAAGGAGACGAGUAAUGGCACUUCGAAUAAUAGUAAUAACGUUGAUAAUAAUGCAACUAGCAACUCUCACUCGUAAACUAGCGGAAAAGUUCGAUUGACCAAGACAAACAACGCAAAAGGUUGCCAUUUUCAGACAAAAAGAUUAGAAAAUAAAACAACACUCRUUUUUUUAUACACAUUAAAGGGAAAAAAGAAUUUUAUUUGGAGUAGUUAGGAAUUUAAGCUAUAUACAUGUUUUCUUUCUUCCAUUUGGUUGAGAGAAUCAACCCAAAGGCCUUUUUUUAUUCUCUUUUGCAUAUACAUAUUUUAUUGUUUGAAUAAUAUCAAAUCUCUUUCCAUUCUUUCCUGUUAA